UACUUCUGGGAAACAACUGGUAUCGUCUACACACCGGGAGUCCGGUACGUCCAGUCUCCGGAGCUGACGGGAAGAGAAGGCGCGACCGCGGAGAGCGGAGCCGGGAUAAUCGGCGAUGAGCUGGGACUCUUCACUUGUUUUACAGAAUAUUCAAUGGCUUCUGAUUAGAGUUGUUCGAUUAUUCAGAGAGUAAAUUAUUUCGGUUUCCAUAGAAACCGAUUCCGGAGUCGCUCUUCCUUUUCAGAAAUGAGUCAAGAUUGUGGAAGCCUGGUUAACGCUGGCCAUUCGGUUUUGUCACUCCUGGGGGCUGCCUCCCGUCUCCGGCAACAGGAUCAGGUCAGGGCAAGCGCGCUGAUCCCGGCUUAACCCGCCGCCUUCACCAUCUCCUUAAUCUACAUAGAACGAGAAGGCGAAAGCUGGGAGAUUCUGAGCCAGUGUCCCUGGAAAUGUGUCCGUGACCCAGGCUCGGGACAUCACCUCCUCCUACCGCAGGAAGAGGGGCACGGCCGGAGCAACUCUGAUGGCCGAAGUUUGAAUCUGCAGCGCUGGGCACCGACCCGUGAACUUGGCGGAGCCGGGAUGUACCCGGGUCGCAGGAGAAGGCUGAGUUGGAGCCGGGUAGUCUUUCUGCUGUCGGCGCUGACCAUUUGCUCUCUGGCCCGCUUCCCCAUCGGAACCUGGUCGGAUUCAGCACCUUGGAGAGCAAAGACCGGACAGAACCUUCACUCUUACAGCCGGAGACUGCUUCAAGUCACGGGACCUGGCAGCACCCACACGGAACACCCAGAGACCGGGAGCCCCAACACCGGAUUCCCCGAGACUGGGAACCCCAAUACCGGAUUCCCCGAGACCGGGAACCCCAACACCGGACUCCCUAGGGCUGGGAUCCCAAACACCGGACUCCCUAGGGCUGGGAUCCCAAACACCGGACGCCCCGAGACUGGGAACCCCAAUACCGGACACCCUGAGACCGGGAACCCCAAUACUGGACACCCCGAGACGGGUAAACCCUUCACCAGACACCCUGGGACAGGGAGACCCCUCUCUGGGGUUCUCGGGACCAGGAACCCCAAUACCAGCUUUCCAGGUCAAAGAAACCCUGAUGCAGAAGUUCUCGGGAGCAGGUACCCCGGGUCCACUUUAACUAGAGCCCCGGAACUAUGGCCCCACUCAACCGCGGCUCCGUCUAACCAGACCAGCACCGCUGGGCGAACAAGCGGAAUGGAGGGCGAACCGACGGCGUCGGAGAAGCCCCGACUGAGAGGAUGCAUUCUCGUGGGUAACGAGAUCGUCCCUGCUCCCGGGACCGCUGCCCCGGACGGAGUGCCGGAGGGCAGCGGGGAAGCGGACAGGGACGACAAGUCGGGUAGCAGUCUGGAGCCGCCGCUCGGCCACACCAAGGGCGAGUACCCGGUGGAUGUGUUCAGCGUGGAGGAGCGGCGCCGGGGCUGGGUGCUGCUCCAUGUGCUCGGCAUGGUCUACAUGUUCAUCGCUCUGGCGCUCGUGUGCGACGAGUUCUUCGUGCCGUCGCUGGGGACGAUCACAGAGAGCUUGAAGAUCUCGGACGACGUGGCGGGAGCCACCUUCAUGGCGGCGGGGGGCUCGGCCCCCGAGCUCUUCACCUCCCUCAUCGGGGUCUUCAUCGCCCACAGCAACGUGGGCAUCGGGACCAUCGUGGGCUCCGCCGUCUUCAACAUCCUCUUCGUGAUCGGCAUGUGUGCCGUCUUCUCCCGGGAGAUUCUGCAUCUGACCUGGUGGCCGCUUUUCCGCGACGUGUCCUUCUACAUCCUGGAUCUGAUGAUGCUCAUCGUCUUCUUCCUGGACAACGAGAUCCGCUGGUGGGAGAGUCUCUGCCUGCUCGCCGGGUACCUGGCUUACGUUGGCUUCAUGAAGUACAACGGCGCCAUCGAGAUUUGGUGCAAGCGGCAGCUCACCAGCAAUACCAGCGUGGUGAAGGUCAUGUCUGCGCUUCACGGCGCCAAGGUGAGCGGGAGACUGCCGCCCCCACCCCUCCCGGAGCGCCUGUCCCUCCUCUCCCAACACCAGCCCAGUCCCCUGACUGAUAAUAACAGGCUCAAGCCCAAAGCGGUUCUAACGCGUGGAGGCAGCACGCCCUCUCUACACAACAGCACACUGAGAAACACCAUAUUCCAGCUGAUGAUCAACACACUGGAUCCCUUAACUGAAGUGAAGUUUAAGCAGAAGGCUGAAGUAAUGGACAGUAUGGCCAAGGGAAGGAUACAGAGCAGGAAAGGAAAAGGAAAGACGGAGAAGACAGAUCUCCCGAACGCCGUGAACGUCCAAGUGACACCCCCAUCUGAGCCAGCAGCCACAUCACCACCUGGAGACAAGGACGAUGCCAACCCCAACCAGACGGGUGAAGAUGGUGGAGAAGAUGGCAGCGACGGGGGUUCUGACGGCAGCGAUGAUGACGAUGAUAGUGACGACAGUGAUGAUGAUUCUGAUGAUGAAGAUGAAGAUGAGGAAGAUGAGGAGGAAUCCAACGAUGAAGAACCUUUAAGUCUCCAAUGGCCAGAAACACGGCGGAAACAGAUCACAUACCUGUGUCUUUUCCCCAUCGUGUUUCCACUCUGGCUAACAGUGCCUGACGUCAGAAACCCAGCUUCAAAGAAGUACUUCAUUGGUACAUUUCUUGGAUCAAUUUUGUGGAUUGGUGCAUUUUCAUACUUGAUGGUGUGGUGGGCCCACCAGGUUGGUGAAACAAUUGGGAUUUCUGAGGAGAUAAUGGGCCUAACCAUUCUAGCAGCAGGCACCUCAAUCCCUGACCUCAUCACCAGUGUAAUAGUUGCUCGGAAAGGUCUUGGAGACAUGGCCGUGUCCAGCUCAGUGGGAAGCAACAUCUUUGACAUCACAGUUGGGCUUCCAGUCCCCUGGCUGUUGUACACGAUCUUUAACUAUUUCCAGCCAGUUCCGGUCAGCAGCAACGGCCUAUUCUGUGCCAUCGUACUCCUCUUCCUGAUGCUGCUCUUCGUCAUCAUUUCCAUCGGUCUCUCCAAGUGGAAGAUGAACAAGAUAUUGGGCUUCACCAUGUUCUGCCUCUAUUUCAUGUUUCUGAUUAUCAGCGUAAUGCUGGAGGACCGGAUCAUUGUGUGCCCAGUGUCCAUAUAGACUCUAAACUCCUAUCCUUCACCUUGCAGAGGGGAAUUCUGAUGACUUUAACUGGCUGUGCAACAUGUAGAUGGCAAGUUAAAGGAGACAUCCGUAUGCAACAACUUACAUAUUGACUUUUAAUAAAUUUAGACCAGAAUUGAGGGAGGUUUGCUUUAAACAUGGAAAUGAUUGUCAACAACUAAAGACAUUGGCAGAAAGGCUAUAAGUUUUUCAAGCCCUGCUGUCUUGCUCCAGAAGUUACAGAGCAGAGCAGUUUCAUAACUGGAUACGAUUUUUCUUUAAUUAGAUAUAGCACACUAACAGUCCCUUCUAGCCCAACCAGCCCACACCCCCCGAUUACACCCAUGUGACAAUUAAUUUACCACUCUGUAUGUCUUUGGAAUGUGGGAGGAAACCAGAGAACCUGGAGGAAACCCACACAAUCACAGGGAGGGACUGAACAGGCAGUGGUGGAAAUUGAACCCAGGUUACUGGCACAGUAAUAGCAUUAUGCUAACCACUACGUUACUGUGCUGCCCAAAGGUGUUGAAAACUUCAUAAUGAUGUACCCUCAGUGUACAUUCCCACAGUUCAUAUACCAGUAACAAGGCAGAAUAUUAGCGUCCAACUCAGGUCCAUGUGAGCUUUCCUAAAACAAAUUAGGAACCGUUUUAAAAUAAAUCAUGUAAAAACAUUACAGUAUAUGAGAAAGAUUGAAAGAUCCCCCACCAAGGCAAUGCAGAAAAAGCCACGUGUGGACAACUCAUAUACAACAUUUUUCAGAGCUUUUUACAACUUUGUAGUUACUGCAAUGCAAUUUUUUAGUUAAACAAAUCAGCAUUGUUUUAGAAAGUGGAAAUUCAAAGACACCAAAAGAGAAAUGACGGAUAAAGCAGUAGCCCACGGUUUGUGCUAUUCAAUAGCCUCACCUUUGAUUAGUUAUAAAGACAGUAUUGAGGUAAAUCCAUUGGUUCCAAGAUCUCCAUUCCAAUACCGGCCACAGGGACAGCACCCACAUACCCACGCUAUCUGCAUCAUAAUGAACUGGCACUGUUUAGCAAUAUAACAUCAGCACAGAAGCACAUAACAUUUUGUCAGGCAACUUCAGAGGAUAACAGAAAAGAAACAGUUGUUUUUGUAUGGUUCGCGUUAUUUCAGACAGCUGUCCUGGAGUCUAAUUUGGGAUUUUUACUUAGAGUAGGAAUGGUGGGUGUAGGAGAUGAAUCAGUUAAUGGAGAUGAUGUUGAACGUGAAGGAAGAGCUUUUUCCCAUCCUCCUAAAUCAAUUGAAGAAAAAUAGUUUCUGAUACCAGGUGCCAAAGGCUUAUCCUGAUGGAAGUCACAUUUACUAUCACACCCUCUAAACUGGCUCUCAAAGUAUAUACAGUGGAUUCUGGUUAAUUGGGACACAUCAGGACCAGUACACUAUGGCACAAUUAAGUGGCUGUCCAAAUUUGCUGAAGUUUCAUGUAAAUAGUUAAAAGGUAUAAAAAAUAUACAUUUAAGUAAUAAAUUAUGUAUUCAAAUGAAAUACAGAAUAAAUUAAAAUACUACCAAAACUACUACAGUACCAUAAAGCAGUGCAUUAGUUCCUAAUUGUUAUUGCCAGAGGAAUUCUCUGCCGUGUUCUUUUGAUUGACUGUAAAUGAACAAAAACACCUCGUGCAGAUAAUGGACUUCCUUCAAACAAUGCUUUUGAUAAUUGUAUCUUCUAAAUCUUUAUUUUCAUUGUAAUAUUCAAAAUGAUUGUUGAUACCUACAAAUGCUUCAUAGUUCCUAACUAGUUGAAGGAGUGAAAUUGUUUCAUUUUCACUCCUGGCUGUUUCUGGCAUCUCCAAGCCUGAAUGCUUGAAACCACAGUGAACGAAGCAGUUCUGAAUUGUUUUACUGCUUAUUUCUUGCAACUAUCAGUGACAAAAAUCACUACUUUUUGAACACAAGCACGAAUGUAACACUAUUUAAAGACUGUUUACUCUAAGCUUGAGGUAGCAUCUAAUGGCCACACAACAUGCAUGCGACUGACACUAGUUAGAAACUGUUUAGCAACAGACUCCCGCCCCAAUCACGCGGCAAAGUGUCUCAAAUAAAUAAAUGGAAUCCUGGCAACUUUCUUGAUUAGUUUUUGUUCUGUAGGAGUUGUCCCAAUUAGCCGAUGGCCAAAUUAACCAGAAUCCACUGUGCUUUUCUCCAGAAAGUUUCAUCAAACAAAUUGGAGGAAUAGGCAGUGUACUGGAGGAAUUCAGUGGGAUGAACAGUUUCUGUGGUAGGAAAGGAAUUGUCCACGAUCUGAGUUGGAGAGGGUUUUGACAGUUCUUUCCCUCCCACAGAAGCUGCUCACCGAGUUCUUUCAACAGAUUACCUGCUGCUCCAGUUUCUGACAUUUGCAAUAUCUUGUGGUUCCAAAGUAAUAAAUCAUAUUGAACAGAAAUUAUAUCAUCUUACAAAGUCCUUUUGAACAAAUUAUAAACUAUUUUCAUAUAGAAAAUUAAAGAUUGUUCCUUUUUGCA